AUGGGAGACAACUACUACCAGAAUCAACCUUAUACCCCACCGCCGCCAGGAGGCAAUCAGUAUCAACCACCACAGCCUCCCUAUCAACCUGCCUAUGGCGGUGAACAGCAUUAUAUACCUCCACAAGGACAGCCAUAUUAUCCGCCUCCUCCGCAACCACAGCCACAGCCACAGCCACACUACAACUCAUACCAACCCCCACGCGAACAAGAAAGAGACUUCUACCGCUCUCCUGUCCCUCCCAAUAGCGCGCUUGCCCCUUAUCAUCCCGAUUCACUCCGACCAUCUUCUGCGCACGCUCCCCAGCCUCAAUACGCACCUCGUGGAAGCCAAGGUCAGCUCGUUCCAUUCUUCGAGCCGCCGCCUCGCGAGCGUUCCUCAUCCCGUGAUAGCCGUGGCCAUCGUCACCACCGCUCCAACUCGCAUUCUCACCAAAACCGGCCACCGUCCGCUCAAGGGGAAAAAUCGGGCCAUGCUGCUGAGCGAGGUAUUGGUGCCAAUCUUGUGGGCGCAGCUGGCGGUGGUUACCUUGGGCAUAAAUUCGCUGGUGGAGGGGUGGGCACAGUUCUCGGAGCGCUAGUCGGUGGAUAUGCGGCACACAAGGCAGCAGAAAAAGGUGAGAAAAGUCGCGAGAAGAAGAAGCAUAGGAAAUCCAGGCAACAUGGCGACGGUGAGACAGACUCACAUGGCGGCAGCCAUCGAAGAAGUCGGCGUGGAAGCGCGCCGCCGCCGCCUCUAGGUGGACAUCUAUAUCCACCUGACGUGGGAAGGCGCCGCCGACAUUCUAGAAGUGCUAGAAGUCGAAGCAGGAGAAGGGACGAUUCGAGUAGCAGUGACAGCAGCAGUGACGAUGAUCGGAGAAGACGCAGACAUUAG